AUGGCCAGUUGUGAACCGUGUUCCCAGCCUGAGGAGGAGCCUAGCUCCUCGGGGUAUCCCCUGGAUGUGGUGGUGGAUGAAGAAAUCCCAGGACCUUCAGCCCCUUGGGUAGAUCCCAGCCCCGUGCCUCCGUCCCCUGGCCAGAAGAGGAAGAGGGAAUGGUCAGUGGCUUUCGAGGAGGAGACAGAGGAGGAGCUAGUGCCCGACGAAGACGGCGCCUGGGUCGUGGAGACGCUGUGUGGGCUCAAGAUGAAGCUGAAGAGACAGCGGGUGUCAUCAGUGCUCCCUGAGCACCACGAGGUCUUCACCAAGCUACUUGAGGAUCGUGUUGUUAAAAGAUUCCUAGCCUGGGACAAAAAUCUGAUGGUAUCUGACAAGUAUCUCCUGUCUAUGGUCAUAGCUUAUUUCAGCAGGGCUGGCCUCUUUCCCUGGCAAUACCGACGGAUUCAUUUCUUCAUAGCGCUCUACCUGGCCAGUGACAUGGAGGAGGACAACGAGGCCCCUAAACAGGCCAUUUUUUCAUUCCUCUACGGACGGAACCGCGCCCAGCGUCCCUUGUUCCACAAACUGAGAUUCCAAUUCUUCCGUUCCAUGGGCUGGAAGGCUAGGGUUACCCGGGAAGAGUGUGAACAGAUCCAAGCUUAUGAUCCGGAGCUCUGGGUGUGGGGACGACAUCGCACCCAUCCUGAGGAGGAGCCUAGCUCCUCGGGGUAUCCCCUGGAUGUGGUGGUGGAUGAAGAAAUCCCAGGACCUUCAGCCCCUUGGGUAGAUCCCAGCCCCGUGCCUCCGUCCCCUGGCCAGAAGAGGAAGAGGGAAUGGUCAGUGGCUUUCGAGGAGGAGACAGAGGAGGAGCUAGUGCCCGACGAAGACGGCGCCUGGGUCGUGGAGACGCUGUGUGGGCUCAAGAUGAAGCUGAAGAGACAGCGGGUGUCAUCAGUGCUCCCUGAGCACCACGAGGUCUUCACCAAGCUACUUGCCCCUUGGGUAGAUCCCAGCCCCGUGCCUCCGUCCCCUGGCCAGAAGAGGAAGAGGGAAUGGUCAGUGGCUUUCGAGGAGGAGACAGAGGAGGAGCUAGUGCCCGACGAAGACGGCGCCUGGGUCGUGGAGACGCUGUGUGGGCUCAAGAUGAAGCUGAAGAGACAGCGGGUGUCAUCAGUGCUCCCUGAGCACCACGAGGUCUUCACCAAGCUACUUGCCCCUUGGGUAGAUCCCAGCCCCGUGCCUCCGUCCCCUGGCCAGAAGAGGAAGAGGGAAUGGUCAGUGGCUUUCGAGGAGGAGACAGAGGAGGAGCUAGUGCCCGACGAAGACGGCGCCUGGGUCGUGGAGACGCUGUGUGGGCUCAAGAUGAAGCUGAAGAGACAGCGGGUGUCAUCAGUGCUCCCUGAGCACCACGAGGUCUUCACCAAGCUACUUGCCCCUUGGGUAGAUCCCAGCCCCGUGCCUCCGUCCCCUGGCCAGAAGAGGAAGAGGGAAUGGUCAGUGGCUUUCGAGGAGGAGACAGAGGAGGAGCUAGUGCCCGACGAAGACGGCGCCUGGGUCGUGGAGACGCUGUGUGGGCUCAAGAUGAAGCUGAAGAGACAGCGGGUGUCAUCAGUGCUCCCUGAGCACCACGAGGUCUUCACCAAGCUACUUGAGGAUCGUGUUGUUAAAAGAUUCCUAGCCUGGGACAAAAAUCUGAUGGUAUCUGACAAGUAUCUCCUGUCUAUGGUCAUAGCUUAUUUCAGCAGGGCUGGCCUCUUUCCCUGGCAAUACCGACGGAUUCAUUUCUUCAUAGCGCUCUACCUGGCCAGUGACAUGGAGGAGGACAACGAGGCCCCUAAACAGGCCAUUUUUUCAUUCCUCUACGGACGGAACCGCGCCCAGCGUCCCUUGUUCCACAAACUGAGAUUCCAAUUCUUCCGUUCCAUGGGCUGGAAGGCUAGGGUUACCCGGGAAGAGUGUGAACAGAUCCAAGCUUAUGAUCCGGAGCUCUGGGUGUGGGGACGACAUCGCACCCAUAUUCCCUAG